AUGGACUCCAAGCGAAAAUUGACCAUACUUACCAAGGUGGUGUCGUCCUUACAUGACCAUAACGGCUCCACUGGUACCAGCACUCAAAACCAAAAAGAUACGCAGAAGCAGUGUCUACGAGCGAAUCUGAUGAAACGUCAUUCCAGUUGCUGUUCAAAGAGCCAGAUAUCGGAACCAAGCUCGCCUCUUUCGCCAGCUCCAGAAACCACCACCAAAGGUCCGCCAGCCGUCCCCAAGGGCUGGGAAGUGCGGUUUGACCCUAUACUGAAGCAGUAUUACUACGUGAAUAUGAUCAAAAACUUGAUACAGUUGGAUCACCCAGAGGAAGUUAUUUUACACAGUGAUUCGGAUUCAACUGCUAUUUCCAGUUCACCGUCUCUUGGUCUGGGUUUGGGUGAUUCCAUUGCAACUGAACAAACUUAUUCUUCGUACACUUAUGAUGAUGGCCUACCUGUCAAGGAUAAGGCUGUGAAACGGUGGAUAAAUCGGUUCGGAAAGAAGAAGAGAAUAGGUUCGCCUUCUGCUACUCCUUCCCCUCCACAGUCUCCUCAACUGGGCUCUGAUUUCCAACCCAGGACGCUGACUCUGUCCUCAACGCCCAGUGUGCGUUCAGGCUUAGUCGACGAAGAUGAUGACGAAGACGACGAUGACGAGAGAAACUCCGAGGAGUAUAAGCGUCAACUAGAAGAGCUCAGGGAAAUGAUGGUUAGUGAAGCUGAGGCUUACAAAAUCGAUCGGUUGAGAAGCGAUUGA